CAGUUUUGCCAACUCUCGGCACGCGACACUACGUAUCGCUCUCUCUUAUUUAUUCGGUCCCGAAACCAGUGUCGUUUAUAUCUGAAAGUUUGUUAUCAUUGGACCUACGUUAUGGAUAUCUUCGGUUAACUUGUGAUCUUUGCAUACGUGAUUUGUAACACUGCCCGUGUUCUUUGACGUUUAUGAGAAUUUGAUUAUUCCGUAGUUGUUGAAACUGCCGGGUGUAUAUUGGAUUUAUAUCAUUACUGCGAUAUGUAUCGAGAGUAACAUCGGAGCUAACGCGUCUGGUAUGUGGUGUCGCAGUGGCCGGACAAGAUGUCGCGCUGCCUGGCUGCGGACACGGACUAACCCCCGCGGCCCUGCUUUUUUAUAACACCGAUUAAGAUGAGGCGGCAGGCUCGGAUAUCAACAGGCGGCGCGCUCGUCGUGCGCUCCGCCUCCGCCCUCCAAGUUUGGCUGUGGUUGCUGAUAUUUAUAUUUCAAAACGAGUUUGUCAUGUCUGGGUCCAUUAAGCCUGGAUACUUGGACUUCGAUAACCUCCCAGAGACGAAUUUUACAUGCGCGGGCAAAGUUAUCGGCGGCUAUUACGCUGACCUCGAAACCUCCUGCCAAAUGUUUCACGUCUGCACCGUGGGCCAGCAAGACGAGCCCAUGGAUAUCAAGUUCCUUUGUCUCAAUGGCACUGUCUUCGAUCAGGAGACAAGAGUGUGUGAGAGAGUAGAUGAAGUAGAUUGUACAAAGUCUGAAAAAUUCUACAGUUUAAAUUUAGAGUUAUAUGGAAGCACUGCACCGCCUAUUAUUCAAACCGAUCAAAAAGCUCAAGCACAAUCAACAGAGCAAUCUCAUCAAAAGACUAAGCCUGAUCUUGAACAUGAAUCAGACCCUAUGAUAGAGGAAUCUCCUACAACAACAAUUGAUUCAAGUAAAACCAAUAGUCACUCUACGGAAGUUUCUGAUUCAACAGAGGAUCCGUUACAAGAAUUUAAAAGAGAUGAACCUCAACAUCACCUAAGCUCACCAACACAACAACCUAUACAAGUGCCAGAAAAAGAAGAACUUACGGAAGGUAAUUUUUAUGAUUAUCAAGAAGAUGAGGAAAUUGCCGAAUACGAAGAUUAUUCACAUGCGUCGACAUCAACAUCUACUUCUUCGCCAACUACUACAACAAGAAUAACAACUAAACCAACAACAACCGGCACAACGCCAAAAUCUACGACAACAACAGUGGCGUCUAUCCCAUCGUCACUUCGUCCUUCUCCAAUAACUCAUUUAAUUUCGUCAACGCCCACUUUAUCUCCUUUGUCGCAACAAACAUACUCUUCGAUAUCGCCAUCAGUAACGUCAUUGCCGACACUAGAUCCAUCACUUCUUUCGCCGCAAGAAUUUAUUUAUCGUCAUCGAGGCCCAGGGUCCGAAGCAAUAUCAUUCCAACGGCAAAGUUUUCGACCAGCCGAUGGAGUUUAUAUUACCCAUGCACCACCGCAGCAGUUUGACCACUUUCAAUAUGAGUCGUCAAGAACUGCUCCGCGUCCAGCAGCUCCACGACCGAUUCCGUUCGUCCAGCGACCACAACCAGCUCCAUUUCGCCCAACUACGCUUGAUCCUAGAGAUCAACUGCUACGUCCAGGACCAACAUUUCAACCUUCUGAAAGACAUGAGACUUCGAUAAAACACAAACAUCAAACUUCUCUACCACAGCAACGGCCGUUGCCAUUUAAUUCAUUCUAUUUCGAUCGAAAACGAAGUGAAGAUUCAGGUCCAGAAGAUGAAUCUUCUUUGUCUCCACGAUCGGUUGCACCUCCAGUUUCAGCCGAAAAACCUCCAAGUAAACCAAAAAGUCCUCCUCGAGUUAUCGUUACCGCUAGUGCUUCUGUUAGUGACAGCAAUGGGAAAAGACUUAAUUAUACCGUGGGUAAUGUCGUAAGUGCAGUGAAGCCCAUCGUAAAAAUAAACUAUGAUGACUAUAAAGAGUCAGAUUUGCUUUUUGAUCCAUUCUUUUUAGAUGUGCCAAAAUUACAAAAGAAACGAAAGAAUAGGUCAUAUAAGAAUAGAAAUGUAUUCACCGUUCCCGAUAGUGCCGCAAUAACAACUGAAUAUACGAGUGAAAAAUCAACAAAUACUUCACCACCGGCAACAUCUCGUGCAACAACAACUGCAAGAUCGACAACUGUUGCGAUCACUGCAACUACGAGUUUCACUACAACAACAACAGCCGCUUGGAAUCCGAACGACUAUGUCGAUGAUAAUUACGAACCCCAUGCGUAUGUCCCACCGGUGCCACCCCUUGCGAUUCUGGUACCAGAUCGAAAUAAAAUAAAGAAAAAAGAAAAACAGUCAAAUAGUGAUUUGUUUGAAAUUAAGACUCAAUACAAAGAUUUCUCCAAAGUUGGGCAUGUAGAAGAAACAAAGCCGACGGAGUCUGCAUUGCAGACAACCUCUAGUCAAAGUUCAGAAGUGAAUGCGGGGCUUCCCGCCGCCUCACUGCCUCAUCCGCCGCCCCUCGAGGCGCCCGCCUGUGCGUCCUCACGCGCCAGUGACUGUCGGAUUCGUGCCUAACAUUAGCUCACUUCCAAUGGGUAAGAGAGGUUUCAUCGUUGUAUAUUUUGUAGUCCUCAAAAUUAACAAUAUUCAAUUCAAUUUUACCAUUUCAAAUAUAAAUACUUAAAUUCACAAGUUUGCGACUUAAUGCCGAAACAAGAAAAGUUGAUCGUGAAACACCUCUUACCCGUUUACUCAUAAAGAAAUAGUUUCAUAAUUUAGAUAGGUAGUGAAUUUUUAUCAAUUUUCCACGCAAUAUUUGAAUUGUCAUAGCACAUUACAUAGAAACUGUUCUCAUAUUGCGUGUAAUGUAUUAGUGUAUUUAUAUAACGUUGCAAAUAAUUUACCAAUUGUAAAUAUUAUUUCUACUAUAAAUAUGUGUAACUUGAAAGUUUUGUUUAAAAUUAGUAAUAUUUAUCGA